AUGACUUCUUCAUCGGAUUACUCGGAUAUCAAGUUCGAGAUCAAGGGCAAGAUCGGUAUCAUUAAGUUCAACCGGCCCAAGGCCCUGAACUCUUUUGGCGGAAACCUCAUUCCCGACAUCAUCGCCGGAUUACGCGUUCUCAAUGAGCACCCAGACACUAUCUUCACCGUGCUAACAGGCGAGGGACGCUUCUUCUCGGCUGGCGCGGACGUCAAGGGGAUCGCGGGGGGAGGCAGCGAAGCCUUCAAGAACGAUGCUGAGAAGAAGCUGAGUUAUAUGUCAAGGUUCAGCUAUGCAACGGAGCUUCUACGUUCGAUGAUCGACCACCGCAAAGUCCUCAUCCUCGCGCUCAACGGCCCAGCCGUCGGCGGCGGCGCAGCCUGGUUCCCAGGCAUCGCCGACAUCGUCCUCGCCUCCUCAACCGCGUGGCUCCAAUGCCCCUUCUCCGCCCUCGGUCUCGUCCCCGAAAACGGCUCCGCCAUCUCCUUCGCGCAAUCCAUCGGCAUCCACCGCGCAAACGACUUCCUCAUGUUUGGCCGCAAGCUCUCCGCGCAAGAGCUGCUCGAUGCCGGCUUGUACAAUUACGUGUGGGAUGCUACUGGCGACGAAUUCCAUGCCAAGGUUGUGGCGUUCUUGGAGGAACAGCUUAAAGUGAAUGAUGGCAAGAGUAUGAUUGAGAUGAAGAGGUUGCAGAAUGCGCCGAUUAGGGAUGCGAGGUUGGUGGCUGUGGUUAAUGCUGUGGAUGCGUUGGCGGAGCGGUUUGUUGAGGGGGCGCCUAUGGAGAGGUUUGAGAUUAAGAGAAGGGAGAUGGAAGAGAAGAGUAAGGCGAGGUCGAAGAUUUGA